AAAAGGUCACUGGCUGUCAGAGCAUGGGUAUUUUCAGUGAACCUGGUAAGAUGUGUGCUGCAUAUAGUACUCAUGUUUCUUCUGUAGUUGACGAAUGUAAACAGUGUGAAAAGUCUCUCACUGAGAAGAAACACCCUCUUGUCCCUCAGAGAAAACACAUAGGAGAGACACCUUAUGAAUGUAACAUGUGUCAAAAAUCUUUCACCCAGAAAUCAAAGCUUACUGUCCACCAGAGAACACACACAAAAGAGAAACCUUUUGAAUGUAACAUUUGUGGAAAGUCUUUUUCCUGGAAGGCAUAUCUUACUAGACACCAGAGAACACACACAGGAGAGAAACCAUAUGAAUGUAACAUGUGUGGAAAGUCUUUCUUCUGGAAGGCAUAUCUUACUAGACACCAGAGAACACACACAGGAGAGAAACCUUAUGAAUGUAACAUGUGUGGAAAGUCUUUCACCUGGAAGACAUACCUUACUGUCCACCAGAGAACACACACAAAAGAGAAACCUUUUGAAUGUAACAUUUGUGGAAAAUCUUUCUCCUGGAAGGCAUAUCUUCACCACCAGAGAACACACACAGGAGAGAAACCUUAUGAAUGUAGCAAGUGUGAAAAGUCUUUCAUCCGGAAAUCGAUGCUUACUCGCCACCAGAGAACACAUAAUGCAGAGAAACCUUAUGAAUGUAACGUGUGUCGAAAGUCUUUCACCAAGAAAUCGAUACUUACUUGCCACCAGAGAACACACACAAAAGAGAAACCUUCUGAAUGUAACCUGUGUCGAAAGUCUUUCACCGAGAAAUCAAAGCUUACUCGCCACCAGAGAACACACACAAAAGAGAAACCUUUUGAAUGUAACUUUUGUGGAAAGUCUUUCUCCUGCAAGGAAUAUCUUACUCUGCACCAGAGAACACACACAGGAGAGAAACCUUAUGAAUGUAAGAUGUGUGGAAAAUCUUUCACCAAGAAAUCAACUCUUAAUCUCCAUCAGAGAACACAUAUUAGAGGGAAAACUUAUGAAUGUAACUUGUGUCGAAAGUCUUUCACCCAUAAAGGAAACCUUACUAGGCACCAGAAAACACACACAGGAAAGAAACCUUAUGAAUGUAACAUGUGUGGAAUGACUUUCACCUGGAAGUCAAACCUCACUGUGCACCAGAGAACACACACAGGAGAGAAACCUUAUGAAUGUAAGAUGUGUGGAAAAUCUUUCACCAGGAAAUCAACUCUUAAACUUCAUCAGAGAACACAUAUUAGAGAGAAAACUUAUGAAUGUAACUUGUGCUGAAAGUCUUUCACCCAUAAAAGAAACCUUACUAGGCACCAGAAAACACACACAUUAGAGAGACCUUAUGAAUGUAACAUGUGUGGAAAGUCCUUCUCUUGGUAGUCAAGCAUCA